AUUGCCGAACAAAAAAAGUUGCUUGCAAUUUGAAGUGUUACUGUUUUGGACAACAGACAAUUUCACUAUCCGUUAAAGGUUUCGAUUUAUCUUAAGGUUGUUGUCGCUGAUUUAAAAUUUAUCCUGGGUUCGAGGAGUUAAGGUGGAUUAGAACCAAAGAUGAUAACAUCUGCCGCUGGAAUCAUUUCGCUCCUGGAUGAGGAGGAGCCCCAACUAAAGGAGUUUGCUCUACACAAGUUGAACGCCAUAGUCAAUGACUUCUGGGCUGAGAUUUCAGGAUCUGUUGACAAAAUCGAGGUCUUGUAUGAAGAUGAGACCUUUCGGAGCAGGCAGUUUGCUGCCCUUGUGGCCUCCAAGGUCUUCUACCACCUCGGAGCUUUUGAGGAGUCUUUGAACUACGCCCUGGGGGCUGGAGAACUGUUCAAUGUCUCAGACGACUCCGAGUAUGUGGAGACCAUUAUUGCCAAAUGCAUCGACCACUACACCAAGCAGCGUGUGGAGAACGCCGAGCUGCCGGAGGAUGAGGAGAAGAAAAGCAUCGACCCCCGCCUGGAAGGCAUCGUCAACAAGAUGUUCCUGCGGUGUCUGGGGGACCACAAGUACAAGCAGGCCAUCGGCAUCGCCCUGGAGACGAGGCGUCUGGACAUCUUCGAGAAGACCAUCCUCGAGUCGAACGAUGUUGGUGGCCUCCUAGCGUACAGCCUGAAGGUCUGCAUGUCACUGAUUCAAAACAAGAGCUUUCGCAAUGAGGUCCUGCGAGUGCUUGUCAAACUCUACAUGAACCUGGAAAAGCCUGAUUUCAUCAAUGUCUGUCAGUGCCUGAUCUUCCUGGACGACCCCCAGGCGGUGAGCGACAUCCUGGAGAAGCUGGUGAAGGAGGACAACCUGCUGAUGGCCUACCAGAUCUGCUUUGACCUGUACGAGAGCGCCAGCCAACAGUUCCUCUCCUCUGUCAUCCAAAACCUGCGGACCGUUGGCACGCCCAUCCCCGCUGUCCCCGGCUCCACCAACACUGGCACAGUGCCCGUUGUGGACAAAGAUAGCGAUGCCAUGGAGAUUGGUGACAAAGCAGGCAGCUCCCCUGCUGGAAAGGUUAUGGAGAUGGAUGACCCUAAUUAUCAGAAUGCCAAGAUGAUCAAAAUUCUCAGCGGGGAGAUGGCCAUUGAACUGCACCUGCAGUUCCUGAUUCGGAACAACAACACAGACCUAAUGAUUCUCAAGAACACAAAGGAUGCGGUCCGAAAUUCAGUGUGCCACACAGCCACGGUCAUAGCCAACUCCUUCAUGCAUACGGGUACCACAAGUGACCAGUUCCUCAGAGAGAACUUGGAGUGGCUAGCAAGAGCCACCAAUUGGGCCAAGUUCACAGCCACAGCCAGUCUUGGCGUCAUUCACAAGGGCCAUGAGAAAGAGGCUCUCCAGUUGAUGGCCACCUACUUGCCCAAAGACACGUCCCCCGGAUCAGCCUACCAGGAAGGAGGCGGCCUCUACGCCCUGGGACUGAUCCACGCCAACCACGGGGGUGACAUCAUCGACUACCUUCUCAGCCAGCUGAAGAACGCAAGCAACGAUAUUGUCCGUCAUGGAGGUGGUCUGGGUCUGGGCUUGGCUGCGCUGGGCACCGCGAGGCAGGACGUGUAUGAUUUGCUCAAGUCCAAUCUGUACCAGGACGAUGCAGUUACAGGCGAGGCGGCGGGCCUGGCCCUGGGUCUGGUCAUGCUGGGCUCCAAGUCUGCCCAGGCUAUCGAGGACAUGGUGGGCUACGCCCAGGAGACGCAGCACGAGAAGAUCCUGCGAGGCCUGGCCGUGGGCAUCGCCAUGGUCAUGUAUGGGCGUAUGGAGGAGGCAGACACCCUCAUCGAGAGCCUGUGCAGAGACAAGGACCCCAUCCUGCGGCGCUCUGGAAUGUACACAGUGGGCAUGGCCUACUGCGGCUCCGGUAACAACAAGGCCAUCCGGCGCCUGCUGCAUGUGGCGGUCAGUGACGUGAACGAUGACGUCAGAAGGGCAGCGGUGGAGUCCAUCGGGUUCAUCAUGUUCAGGACCCCGGAGCAGUGCCCCAGUGUGGUGUCCCUCCUGUCGGAGAGCUACAACCCCCAUGUGCGCUGUGGAGCUGCCAUGGCCCUCGGCAUCUGCUGUGCUGGUACUGGCAACAAGGAGGCCAUCAACCUGCUGGAGCCCAUGACCAACGACCCGGUGAACUACGUGAGGCAGGGGGCCCUCAUCGCCUCCGCCCUCAUCAUGAUCCAGCAGACCGAAGUGACUUGCCCCAAGGUGAACCAGUUCCGGCAGCUCUACUCCAAGGUCAUCAACGAUAAGCACGACGACGUCAUGGCCAAGUUCGGUGCCAUCCUGGCCCAGGGCAUCCUCGAUGCAGGUGGCCGAAACGUGACCAUCUCCCUGCAGUCCCGGACGGGCCACACCCACAUGCCGUCUGUGGUGGGCCUGCUGGUCUUCACCCAGUUCUGGUUCUGGUUCCCCCUCUCCCACUUCCUGUCCCUGGCAUUCACCCCCACCGCCAUCAUCGGACUCAACAAAGACCUCAAGAUGCCUAAGGUCCAGUAUCGCUCCAACUGCAAGCCCUCCACCUUCGCCUACCCACCUGCCCUGGAGGUGCCCAAGGAGAAAGAGAAGGAGAAGGUGUCUACUGCCGUUCUCUCCAUCACCGCCAAGGCCAAGAAGAAGGAGAAGGAGAAGAAGGAGAAGGAGGAGGAAAAGAUGGAAGUGGAAGUCCAGGAGGCGGAGAAGGAGAAGGAGAAGGAGAAGAAGGAAGAGGAGAAGGAGAAGGAGAAGGAGAAAGAGAAGGAGAAAGAGAGGAAGAAGGAGCCCGAGCCCAACUUCCAGCUGCUGGAGAACCCUGCCAGGGUGAUGCCCGCGCAGCUCAAAGUCCUCAACAUGCCCGAGACCUGCCGCUACCAGCCCUUCAAACCGCUGCACACGGGCGGCAUCAUCAUCAUGAGGGACACCAGCGAGGAGGACGAGGAGCUGGUGGAGCCCGUCUCGGCCCACGGGCCCAAGAUCGAGGAGGAGGAGCAGGAGCCGGAGGCCCCGGAGCCCUUCGAGUACGUUGACGAGUAGAUGGACGCACGGCCGAGGUGGCGUCCCAAGGCUCCUGAAUUGGAAUCUUCGCAUCCCAGCAUGCACCUCUUUCUCCCCCCCACCCCUCCCUCACUUACAAUCCCAACCCCACCCCCCUCCUCUCCUCCCCACAUCCCCUCUUUUACAUGUUCCUUCCCUGGCCUGGCCCCUCUGUCAGACAGGGAAUGUUUUACAUUCACUCUUGUUAAACUGUAUCAUUUUCUGUCAGUACAAUAAAAAAAAAAAAAGAGAUAUAUUGGA